CAGAACAUAAGAAAUAAUUAAACAUUUCUACAUCUCCAUAAUCAUCAUCUUCUUCCUCCUCUUCUCCUUCUCCUUCUCCAUUUCCAUGGUGGUCUAGGGUUUCACUAUCUCUCUCUUUCUCCGUCUCUCUUUAACCUCUUCACCUCGAUUUCUUCUAAAGUACCGACGGUUUCAACGUGUUAUCGUAUCUUCACCUUUCGCUUACUUGCAGUUUUCAUAUUACCUCUUGGUUUGCUGAGCAUUCAACUAUUGACCAUUACCAGGAUUUAAAGUCCCAUAGAUGGUAACAAAAACGAUGUACCAUUCACAUUUCUGAUUUGAUUUCAUCAAAAGACUGAUUUGAACUCUGAAAGGUGGAUUGUGGAUUCAUUGGUCUUGAGUUGUGAGUUUAUGGUGUCUGAUGUGAAAUCAAUCACAAUAGAAUUUUGGCUUGAGAUCCAAAUUGUUUCUGUUACUCCUACCGCACCAAAUUUAGUGGAGCAAUUUAUCUCUAAUGGGCUCAUUCUCGGGCACUUGUGAAAUUGUUGAAGCAAGGGAAGACCUAAAUACAGUGAAAGAUGCAGGGGUAUAUCCUUCCAGUUCUGGAUAUAGUGUUGCUAAGAAAAAUCUAGAUGAUGAUAUUAAUAAGCUGUUUGAAUCAAUUUCUCUUAAAUCUUCAUCAAGGGAUUUGAGCUUUCUACCAGAUGGAACAAGUCCUAAGAUGAAAAGUGCAUUAAAAAAGCCAAUCAAAAUGGGUGUACCUCGAUCCCCACGAGUUGGGACUUCUGAGCCGGUGACUUUGAAGCAGGCGUUAAGAGACCUAUGUAUAUCUAAGGCAUCAGAAAUGGCUGCUAUGAGAAGGUUAUCAAAGUCAGCAGCUUCUCCAAGAAUAUCAGAGGUUGGGAAGAUACAGACACUGUACAAUUCCGUUGUCGCUGAUGCUAGGAGAUCUGGGCCUUCUAAUGUUGAGAGUAAAGGGAGUUCAACUGAAAUAUCCCUGGUGCUAGAAGAAAGCAACUCACUAGUCUUGAAUAAAGAAUUAUAUCAGUCUCAUCAAACUUCCAAUAGCUCAUCAUCGAGCCAAAAUUUUCAUUCUUCCAAAAUUGCAGUGGCUACCACACAAAAUGAUACGCGGGCUUCAUUGAUCCAAAGUGAUUUGGAAUGUUCAUUGACUAAAGAUGGGGUAUCAUCUCAACCAUCAGAACCCACUCAAAUAGAAAAACAAAUGUAUGCUUCUUCUUCAUCUAGUUGUAACACCAAUGGAAGUACAGUAGAGUUGCCUGAAAAGGAUUCUUCCCUUAAAAAAUUAGGAAAUAAAGCAUCUAUAUCAAAGAAUGUGCGGAAAGGUAUGUUAGAAGCAAUAUCUUCCUCAUCUACUUCAGUACAUGGCAAUAGAGUGUGCAAAAUUUCACGCAAUAGCACCCGAACAGUAAAAUCGGUCAUAAAAAACAAGAACGUGGGUAAGAAGAAACUAAAGCAGGGUUCUGUUUCCCCAUCCAAUGAAGCAAAUAUCAAGCCAGUUCCUGCUACUACUCCACUUGUUUGCGAGAGAUGUUGGUGUGCAAUAGAAAAUACAAAUACAGAAAACAGCAAAGGUAUUAUAACAUCGGGCUCUAUCAGCCCUGCAGAUGGAAUAAACUUGAAGAGUGUGAUCUCUGGGUCAGAAUCUACGGGUUGUAACAGCGGCAGAGAAGUAACAAAAGUGAAAAAGAAUACCCGAUUGAAAGAGCAGCUUGAAUUUUCACAAAGUUCAAAGAGUAGCCAAGGUGACUACAGUAGUAGUACAAGUACCAGCGACGAGAGUAAUGUCAGCGGUUCUAGUUGUGGCAAUAGGCCUCACAUGUCAAAGGAUUUUAGAUGGCAAGCCAUACGAGAUGCUCAAAUGCAGCAUGGAGUCUUGGGCUUGAGACACUUCAAUCUUUUGAAGAAACUUGGUUGUGGAGACAUUGGUACUGUAUAUCUUUCUGAACUAAUUGGUCAAAAUUGUUUGUUUGCUAUUAAAGUAAUGGACAACGACUUUUUGGCAAGAAGGAAAAAGAUGCCUAGGGCUCAAACUGAAAGGGAAAUAUUACGAAUGCUGGAUCAUCCUUUUCUUCCAACACUCUUUGCACAGUUUACAUCAGAAAACCUGUCAUGUCUAGUCAUGGAGUAUUGUCCAGGAGGAGAUCUUCAUGUUCUACGUCAGAAACAGCUUGGCCGAUGUUUUUCAGAGCCAGCAGCUAGGUUUUACGUCGCCGAAGUCCUUCUUGCGUUGGAGUAUUUGCACAUGCUUGGAGUUGUUUACCGUGAUUUGAAACCAGAAAACAUUCUUGUUCGAGAAGACGGUCACAUUAUGCUCACAGAUUUUGACCUGUCACUCAGGUGCGACGUUAACCCAACACUUCUAAAAUCAUCGUCUGAUAUAGAUCCUGCCAAGGUUUCUGCACAGUCAAAUUGCAUCGAGCCAUUCUGUAUUGAACCAUCUUGUCAAGUUCCAUGCUUCAGUCCUAGAUUCUUACCUCCUUCAGCAAAAGCAAGGAAACAAAAAGCCGAUCUUGCUGCUCAUAUCAGAUCAUUGCCACAGCUUGUGGCAGAGCCAACCGAUGCAAGAUCAAAUUCGUUUGUUGGUACUCAUGAAUACCUAGCACCUGAGAUCAUCAAAGGAGAGGGACAUGGAGCUGCUGUUGAUUGGUGGACAUUUGGGGUUUUCCUUUAUGAGCUUUUAUAUGGUAGAACACCCUUCAAAGGUUCUAACAAUGAAGAAACGUUAGCCAACGUUGUGUUGCAAAAUCUCAGAUUCCCUGAUAGCCCAUUUGUUAGUUUCCAAGCGAGGGAUCUAAUUAAAGGAUUGUUAGUUAAAGAGCCUGAAAACCGUUUGGGUACAUUGAAAGGCGCUGCGGAGAUUAAACAACAUCCAUUCUUUGAAGGCCUUAAUUGGGCGUUAAUACGUUGUGCUAUCCCACCAGAACUUCCAGACCUUUGUGAAUUUGAGUUGGGAGUUUCAGACAUGAUCGCACAGUCCCAAGGCAGCGGUGGUAAAUAUUUAGAGUGUGCAACAACAGGAGAACAAGUGGAAUUUGAGUUGUUUUAGAAUGUUUAUUCUCUUUGGCAAGAGUGGCAUUCUUAUUGUGGAUUCCCUUGUUUUCUGCUCUAUGCUAAACCAGUCAUGUGCAACAAUUUAUGUAAAAGCCAAUGUUGUAAAUUAGUUUUGAUUAUAGCACGGUAAAAUGUGCUUUAUAAGGUGUAGGAAGUUCAAGUUAUUUGGCAAUUUGAUAGUCGGAAUCUCAAAGAAGAUGAAGGUGGUAACCAAAAAUGCCAUAGUCCAUCAAUUCCUGUGCCAAUAUAAAGUGAAGAAUUUUUUUACUUCAAAAAAUAACAAUAAUCCCAAAAGAAGAGUUGAAUGAAGAUUAUAAAACUCAAUGGUUCGAAAAUGAUGACUUGAGAACAUAUAGUUGAAAGCAUAGAAGAAAAUAAUUUUGGUUAUGCGAUAGAUUAGUUCCAUUGAGGUUCAUCGCCCACUUUGGUCCAUUGUUUGAUUGAACUAUUGAACAAGUUACGAGGCAUUUGAAUCAUACCACCAUAUGACAAUUGAAUUCAUGAACGGUUCAAAGUUUUUUUUGUUGUUACAACUUACAAUCAAGAAUACACUAGUUCGAAGUAAUGAUCAUGUUCAAGCAAUACACUUUGCAUUUCCUUUGUUAAUUUCUAAUUUCAAUAUUGAUUCGUACUAGACUACUGGAGACGAUUGAAGUCUGGAGAUGAUGGUAGUGGACAGACGUUGAUGGUUGUUUAGCUCUCAAAGGGGGCAUCUGCAAAUAUUCCAAUGCCCAAGUCAAAAGGAGUUGGGGGAGGAAGAGGUAGUGAAUGAUGUGUACAUGGUGUUUUGGGUACAUGACCCCUUUUGUAGAGAUUCCUUGGAGGUCAAUGACGUGACAACGGUUAUUCUGUUGUGGGGAGUACAAUGCAAAAAACUAGUAGUUGAUUGAUCAACUGUCCUCAUAGACAAGGCUCAAAUUCGGUGUCAACAAAUGUAACACAUCUUGAGUUCUACCUAUAUUGGGUUGGGCUAAGGCCCAACGUCCGCUGCCAUUGAGCCUUAGUCCGAUUUGGAACAAAUACGUAUAUACCAAAUUUGAAUUUGUUAAUGGAUUUGAUUCAUGCAUUAUUUCCAACCUCUGCAAUGACAACAUGUAGCUUAAUAUACAUGUUAAAAUUGGUCAAUUUCGAAUUCAGAUACAAUUUUCACCCUUUA